AUGAUUAAAUUUUUUGGGAUUGUGAUUUACAUCUUCUUCAUAUUAUCAGUUGUUGGCCCAAUCUAUUCGUUUUUGACCCUCUAACCCAAAAGAGCACAGGAGUUUUGGUCUCGACUAGCCGUCAAAACAUUACGACUGUAAUUCAGAUAUGUGCCAAAUUCUAAACAAGUGCAAACCAAUAAGAGAGUAAUCGUUUAUUAUUGAAUGAAGACAAUACUACUAUUCAAUCACAGGACACAAGGGGAUUUCUUUAUCCAUGACGUGGUUUCUUAAUACAGUGCAAACUUCUUGGCAAGAUGGAUGGUAGCAGUAGCAUUUCCAAUGUUGGCUAUAUUCCAACAAUUGUUCACACAAUCAGUCUGGUUUUUUAGGAGGGGAGGCAACGAUCUAAAUAAGUAAUAUAUAUAUAAUAUUAUUAAAAAGCUUCUUUAAAUGGAUUGAUAACAAAUUUGAUAAGGCCUCAAGGCCCAACCUAUUGGUCUACCCAGAAGGCCAUAGAAUGCACGAGAGUGACAAAGUAGGAAGGAUGAAGACUGGGAUGCUUCAAUAUGCAUACGAUCGUAAAAUAGAUACCUAAAUAAUCAUUGUUUUGGGUAUCGAGAAAGCCUUUAAUGAGAAAAAGUUUCAUGCAAGUUUAGGGUAUACAUCAAUUACAUGUAUUAAAAAUAGGCCAACUUAGCUGUCAAUAAAAGUGGACGAAAUAAUCAAACCAGAUAAAUUUCCGACUUUUGAAUUGUUUGUAGAACACAUCCAAGCCAUGUUUAAGAAGAACUUUGAAGAAACUUAUGAUUAUCAAUAUAAAUAAUCUUGA